GUACCGUGGCCUGACACUGGUGCUGACCUUCCUCUGCUACACCAGCUACCACUUGUCCCGAAAACCCAUCAGCAUCGUCAAGAGCCAGCUGCACCCCAAUUGCUCUGCUUUGGGCCCAAACCCCCACAAUGACUCCAACAGCAGCACGUGGUGCAGUUGGGCACCCUUCGAUGGGGACAACUACAAGGAGCUUUUUGGGGCGCUGGAUAAUGCCUUCCUGGUGGCCUAUGCCAUUGGGAUGUUUAUCAGUGGGAUAUUUGGGGAGCGCCUCCCCCUGCGCUACUACCUGUCGGGAGGGAUGGUGCUGAGCGGGCUCUUCACUGCUCUCUUUGGCCUCGGCUACUUCUGGGACAUCCAUGUCCUCUGGUACUUCAUCGUCAUGCAGAUCUGCAAUGGGCUAGUGCAGACGACGGGCUGGCCUUCUGUCGUGGCAUGUGUUGGGAAUUGGUUUGGGAAGGGAAAGAGAGGUUUGAUCAUGGGCAUCUGGAACUCACACACCUCCGUUGGGAACAUCUUGGGGUCACUCAUCGCUGGUGUCUGGGUUUCCUCUGCCUGGGGCUUAUCCUUCAUCGUGCCCGGCAUCAUCAUCACUGCCGUGGGCGUCAUCUGCUUCUUCUUCCUUGUGGAAUAUCCGGAGGACGUCGGCUGCAGUCCACCUCUGCAUCACAUGGCCUCUGACGAGGAGGAUGCUGGAGGAGUGACCACCAAUGGGAAGGAUCCUGAAGCGGUCACCUCCAACGAGGGGCCACUGAGCACCUCAGGCCAGAGCAGCACAGAUCACCCUGAGCGCCCCAAGGAGGCAGCUGGGGAGCCCGAAGCCAUCAGCUUCCUCGGGGCACUCCGGAUACCCGGUGUGGUGGAGUUCUCCCUUUGCCUGCUCUUUGCCAAGCUGGUGAGCUACACCUUCCUCUACUGGCUGCCCCUCUAUAUUGUGAAUGUUGCUCAUUUUGGUGCCAAGGAAGCUGGGGACCUGUCAACCCUCUUUGACGUUGGGGGCAUUUUAGGGGGGAUCUUCGCUGGCCUCAUCUCUGACUACACAGGCGGCAGAGCCACCACGUGCUGCGCGAUGCUGAUCCUCGCCGCUCCCGUGCUGUUCCUGUAUAACCAUGUUGGCCAGAAUGGCAUUGGCACAUCCAUAGCGAUGCUGAUUGUCUGCGGCGCACUGGUUAACGGGCCCUACGCUCUCAUCACCACGGCUGUGUCAGCAGACUUGGGAACCCAUGAGUCUCUCAAAGGCAACGCCAAAGCCCUUUCUACUGUCACAGCCAUCAUUGAUGGCACAGGAUCCAUAGGUGCUGCACUAGGACCACUGCUCGCAGGGCUCAUCUCCCCCACGGGCUGGAAUAACGUGUUCUACAUGCUGAUAGCAGCGGAUGUCUUGGCUUGCCUGGUAGGUCCCCCCUCAGCGGGAAUCACUUUGCUACCCUGGCUCCUCGCUCGUGUGGUGGUCAAAGAGGUCCGCGGGUGGUGUGGCUACAUGGCGAGGAAGAGAGGCUCUAGUGUGCAGCUGACAGAGUCAGUGCCGGAUGGCAAGUAG